GGAGAGGAGAAGGCUGUCUGUGUAUGUGUCUGGCUGCAGUGUCGUAUGCUUGAGCCACGGUAAAAUCCCACAGGAGAUUAGAGCGGGAACACACGCUAGUCCGGACGCUUUAGAAAUGGCAGCCCUAGGAGAGAGCAACAGAGAGGCAAAACAAACACAACAGUACUGAGGAAUGGAUGAAUGUUGUCUCAUGGAAAACCUGCAUGGUGUCUCUCUUUUUUUUAACCCUUCUCGUUUUCUCUUCCCGUUUGUCUUCGAUAAGCUUACUCCCCCCUCCCUCUCCUCCAUCCCUCCGCUCCUCUCCCUUCCUCUCUCUCUCAUUCUCUCUUGCGCUCUCUCAGUGGAGGAAUGUAGAUAGAGGCUGAGCGUACGCCCGCUGCUCUGCACAAUAUCAACGGCUCGUUCUACAGUGGUGGGUCGCUCAUCAGAUGCUGUUCAGAAAGGAAUUUUACUGCUAACGGAUCUGACCAUCCACCAUCUCUUCCUGGACAACUCUGCACCUGCCACUGCCUGCUCUGCUGGGUUUAUUGCUCAGCUUGCACAUACUGCAUCCUCGCUGCAGAUCCCUUGCUCCCUUAAGGAUGCUAUAAAUCAGCAGGAGCUUUGGUCAAGGAAAAAGGGACAUAUUGCUUCACGGUCAAUGCUGAGUCCUCUUUCGUGAGGGAACCAGUUUUCUGGGAUAUGUAUAGCUGACUCAGCACUCGAAUACAAGACCGUGAGUCAAAUCAAGAUCUUGAAAAAUGAAUUGGUAAGAACGAGGGAGCCAGAGAGGAAAAAUAUAAGCCAGUUUUUAACUUUUACUGAACUCAACGUUCAAAUAUUGCAAUGAAUGGAGGAACGAGGUCGGUGGAUAAAUCUAACGGUGGUGUCAUCUGCAAAAAGAGGGAUUUGAUAAUCUGACGACAGAGAGUGCUGCUGCAACGGCUGGUGCUCCGAGUCAACAUGCAGAUGAUUUCACUCCUCCCUUUCUUUCCACCUUCUUUGCUCAGCACCUUUAUUUAACAUUUGUACCAUUUUAGUGAUCUUACGACGAGCUGGAAGUCAUCUGGACGUAUUAGUGGAACUGGACUAAAGCACUGUCCUUUUUUACCGGAUUCUGAAAGCACUAAGAUUUCUACGUUCGGAAUUCUAUUGGGUGUAUGCGCUUGUCUGUUUGUGAGUGUGUGUAUGUGUAUUAGUUGUGUGUGGAUGUGAUUUGUCUGCCUUGAUUGUGUUUGUAACUCUGUGUUCUUGAGGUUGUGAUAUACUUUCCCAUCUUUUUCCAAUGUCUGGCAUUGCUGGCAAGCGUUUCGCCUUGUGCUAUCCAUGUCUGCCAAGUGCCUGGCCGUGGGGUUAACCCUUACCGUGCUACAGGCAAGAUGAGUGACAGCUCUGGAACAGUGAAUAACUCGGGGGCGAUGGUACUGGAGGAGCCGGAUGGGAGAGGUGGCUCCGGUGGACGUGAACAAGCCCAGGCCCCUGCUCGUGGUGGUAUUUUAAGGUGUGGGAACUGUGCCCUUUGGCCACGACAACAGACUUGGCUCUGUGUGGUUCCACUUCUCAUUGGCUUCAUAGGCCUAGGGCUCAGUCUGAUGCUGCUGAAAUGGAUCGUAGUGGGUUCUGUGCGGGACUACGUGCCUACUGACUUGGUGGACGCCAAGGGAAUUGGCCAGGACCCCAUCUUUCUGUCCAAGCCUAGCACGUUUCCUAAGGGAUCUGACACCACCACAACCACUAUUGGAGGGGUCAGCUCGGCCAGCCCCACCGUUACCACUGUGGUGCGCAGCAGGACUCGAACGGGAACUCCUCCGAACAUUCCCCCUAGGGGUGGUGGAGCAUCCGGCAGCCAGGUUACACAGAAGAGCCCCUCUACACGCUUUGUCACACGUAAUCCCACCUUUACGACCACCAUGGUCUCUACCACAACAUCUACUGUCCAUACAUCCACCUCCAGCCCCUCUCCCUCCAAUCCUGCCGUUCUAAAUGACUCCACCCAAAUGUGGACCAGAGAGCAGUCAUCCACUGAGAGGCACAUGACCACGCCUGGUCGAACCCACAUCAGCCGCAAGACACCAUCACCAACUCUACCGCCUUUGAAAUCUGAGCAUUUCAAGCCAUGUCAGGAGAAAGACCUGGCCUAUUGCCUGAAUGACGGGGAGUGCUUUGUCAUCGAGACCCUGAGCGGCCCACACAAACACUGCAGGUGUAAAGAGGGUUUCCAGGGCAUUCGCUGUGACCAAUUCCUGCCCAAGACUGAUUCCAUCAUGUCUGACCCAAUGGAUCACUUGGGCAUUGAGUUCAUGGAGAGCAAGGAGGUGUACAAAAGACAUGUGAUGUCUAUCACAUGUAUUGCCAUGGGGAUCAGCUUUCUUGGCACCCUCUGCAUGGCUCUCUACUGUCGGAACAAGAGAAGGAGGGAAAAGCUCCAGGCGCACUUGAAAGAGAGCCGUAGCCUGAAAAACUACAACCUCAACUCUUUCAGCUUGCCCCCUAAACCCAGCCUUAGGCCUCAGCAAGGCCUGCAGCUCCAGAAAUAUUAUAAACCCACAUGUUCCUCGCCACCGCAUGUUCGAGAGUCUGGUUUUGUUCAAAGCACUGCUGCAUCUACCAGUCCACAAGGCACACUGACAGGGAAGCACCCUAGGAGUGGUUCCCUCUCUCAUAGUCCAGAUCAGAGGAGUCGUUCUGCUUUUCGGCCUGCAUCUCACAGAACACCACCCAUAAACAGAGGAUGUCUCAAUGCCAUUGGUGGAACGAGAGAUUCUGGUCCUGCCUACCAACAUCUCCAGGAAGUAGACAGCUCAGAGAGGGAGUCAGUAAGAAGGAACCUCUCUGGGCCAAGUAACGACCUACAACAGGAUUCCUUUUACAAUAUGCAAGCCUCACAAUCCUCAAAAUCUUGGAGCAGCCAUUUAGACCACAGGUGUGCUAGGAGCCUCAGGUCGAGCGGCUCUAGCCAAAGUCCUCCUGCUCCCUACCGUCCCUGCUCUAUCCCAAUCAUCCCCUCUGUCCACUCCUACCAGGAUGAGGUCUUGUGUAUGCAAACUGCCCCUACUGCUGGAAGCAGCCGUUCUAGUCCUCUGGAAAGCACAGCGGAAGCUUCGGCCGUUGAUCAACAGUCCAACAUAACGGUCUCCAACCGAAUGGCUGGUAGACAGGAGAAAGUGGCCUCACUACUGGACGAGGCUCAGGAACAGCUUAGAGUACUAGCACAUGCCCAGAGGAAACAGGAGGACAUCAGUAGCUCCGUACCUCAGGGGGCCAAAGAGACUGUGUGCAUCCUUUUAGCAAAUGCGGCUGGACAAGGGGGAGCGGCCUCUUUUGGGCCCACUGAGACUCAGUUAGUGAGCCCCAGAGACAUGCACAAAGAUGCCACAAAGCCUGGCCAAUGAAAAGGUUUUGACAGGACAAACCACAAAUGUCCCAUGUGUUUUGGGGCUUCAGAAUACUCCGCCAAUAUUGGGAUACCACUAAAAGCUACGAUUGAACUUCUGAGGACGUGGUGUGUGCGGUAGCUUGGGAGAGUGACAGUCUCAAACAUGUGAAAAGAUCAUUUAUUUAUAUGCAUUUAUUUAAGGAGAAACUUAGAAAAAGAAACCAAAUAGUCAGUCAUCUCCAUGGUGUUUUUAACUGUAAAAAAAAAAAUAUACAUAAAUAUAUAUAAAUGGAUAUAAAUAUAUGAAUUCAGACUGGUGGCCAAGUACAAAAAAAGGAAUAUGGGAAUGAGAGUGAGACUUUUUUUGAAACAUAUCAGCUCCACAUCCUUAAAGACUCUAUGCUUGGUGUAAAAAAAAAAAAAAAAAAAAAAAAAAUUUCAACUUGUUUCACUCAUUUCCAGUCAAGUUAAGCUUGUCCGACACAGAAUCUUGUGUUUUGCACCUGCCACUGCAGCAGCUGUGUUUACUAUCACCAUCCCAGUCACUGUCCUCUACCCUGCCAAGGAAUAUGGCUCCAUCUGCCUUUGAAAACAGUGGAACGUGGAUUACAAUUGGACUUAACUUCUAAACACUAAUCGUAUCCAGGCAUGAGGUAACUGAUAGUUAAGCACUGCCUCCAAGACAUCGAUUGGAAGAAUUUGAUGUGUCUGUCCAAUUGUGGCGCAAUCUGCAUUUUGUUUUCUGUGCCUCGGUGCAUUCACUCCUUCAUUUGGGUUUGGAUAAGAGUAAAGAUAAGCUAAUGGAACAGAGCACAUCAUACUACACACCACCCAACAUGAACAAACAGACCGUUGGCACCUCUCUGGAUGGACAGAGGAGAUUCCUGCACGGGAUAACAGACCGCUGGCUUGGCCAGCUUUUGUGUUGUUUUCUUUUCAUUCUUAUGAAAUGAUCUGCUGCUUUCUGGGAAGGUGGGUGGGAGCAGCAGUCACUAUGAGUCUGUAUGCUACUUUGAAUUGGGACAUAAUACUUCUGUGAAUUAACAACCAAAUGUGGUAAGAAAAGAAAAAUUAACAAUGAAUCUUUGGUGAAGCUGUUUCUUUGUUUCCAAUAUUGUUUUUGGUUUGUUUGUUUGUUUUUUCAUUUAGAUUUUUUCUGACCCCCAGUUCACACAAUUGUGCAUGUUGACGGUAUUGUUUUGCAGAACCAACCCAUGAUAGUUUAAAUGAUUUAUAGAAAAACACCACAAAGAAGAAACUGCAUUAUAAUUGACCUGCUUCUGCUGAUUUUAAUCCAAAUCCUGUCAAAAAACAAGAGUGGUCUGCUGAGUUUUAUAGAUCAGUCCUAAUAGACCCAUUUCUGAGAAAUGGUCAAUGGCUGCAUUAUAUUGUAUUUACUUUUUUUUUUACAUGCAGUUGUUUUCCUCCAGCAUUUUUUUAAGACUGCUACCUGUAGUUUGAUUUUAAGACCUUCUUUAAAACAUGCUGCAUUUGUCCUCCAUCAGAGGUUGUGUCUAUCAUGCCAGCCAUAACUCAAGCCAAAGGUGAAAUGACACAUCUUCAGGUAAAAGAAAGCAAUGUAAAGGUUAGCCUGUGGCAGAGAGGAGCAGUAAGGGCAGACAGAUAAGACUCUCAAUAAUCUCAUAAAAACUUCCCUGGGCAAAAGCACUGACCUCAUCAAUGAAUUGCAGUGGAGCGGCAUGUCUAUCAAGAUAAUCAAGCAUCAUCAAGAAUAAUGUGAAAUUAUUGCUGUAAGGGAAAGACAAGAUAGAUUUAGAUCUUAAAGCUCUACCGUUCUUUUAUCGAACAAAUUAAAUCUUAAAAAUAGAAAAUAUCACAGUGCAACUAUUAGUUGUCAGGUGGAUUUCAUUUAAAAGGCAUCAGUUUGAUAUGAGCUGUUGGUAGACUGUCUUUAACAUAUUUUUAAAACAAAUUCAAAUGGUAUGUUUGUUAGUAUGAGCAUUCAUGAAUUUUUUUCUGUUUUCAAAUUCUGUAUAUGCUCAUUUUGUGAAUUUGAAUUUUAUUGGCAUAGAGUAGAUAUCCAGAAAUGCCACACAUGCAACAAAGAUUAAACCACAUUGCUAAGUGAUCUAUAAAACGGCAGACUAAUUCAUAUGCAGGUCAUAGCAGCAGAUAUAUGUCCAUCUGUUACUUCUAUAAAUGUUCCUUUUCAGUUGAAAUGAUGUGAGAAAGUUUAAUUUAAGUUGGACCAUAUUUUUGUACACUAGUCCUAAAGUGUUUUUGCACAGUUAUUACAAUGUAUGGUAAUUUAUGCUGUGAUGAUUCUAGAAUCUAAGGUACAUGAUUUGAUGAAUUCAUCACAGUAUAUUGCAAGACAGAGUGUGCAAGCUGCAACUGUGCAAGAUGUAACACGAGCACAACCUAAACUUCAUGGUUCUGUAUAACAGCCCCUUGAUGUACUUUAAUGUGCAAUUUCAAAAUCGAGAAAUUAAAUUUCUGUUCAUUCUUGUAUGUGAGAAACUGCAUAAUUGCCCUUCCCAAUUGAAAUAGUUUUUCUUUUCAUUUAGUUAAUUUUUUUAUUUUAUUUUAUUUUUUUCAAUAAAGAUGAAU